AUGCCGAAAGGGAGCCGUGGGAGAGACCAGAGAAUCGGGUGCCACGGAAGCCCAGGGAAAGCAAAGGUACCACGGGAGAAUGCCAAGUGUCAGAACUACGGGGAAAUGAGAGAGAAGGAUGAAGGGUUCCCAGGCUUCACGGAGAAGGUGUCAGCGGGCUCCCUGAAUUUGGAGGCGGUGCGCAUUUUGUACCGGAGCUUUCUGGUCCCCGGGACGAAGGGAGUCGUGGGAGAGGGGAGGGGCGGCCGUGUCCUGGGGGUGGCCGUGCACUUGAGGAGCAAGGCUCAGGGGAAACGUUCAUUGGGCCCUUUUGUUGUAGUUAGAACAGGUUCCCAUUUAACCACCCUGGGUCCCUCACAGAGCGUGAGCCAGUCCCUCACCUGGAGCGAGUGGCGAAAGAGGCUGACUCCAGAGCGGUUCUACAUCACGAGGCAAAAGGGAACCGACCCGCCUUUCAGUGGGAUCUACCUGAAUAACAAGGAAUCAGGAAUGGAUCACUGCGUGUGCUGGGACAACCCACUCUUCAGUGUCUUCCACGGUUCGGAGAAAAAGUACUGCUCUGGCACCAGACGGCCUUCGUUUUCUGAGGCUCACGGGACGUCUGGUUCCGAUGAAAGGGACGCGGGGAUCCUGAGAGGCAUGGACACCUUGUUAGGAUUAACUCGCACCAAGGUUGUCUGCAAGCAGGUGGGGCUUUUUUCCCGUCUUGGCCGCGUGCUUCCUGAUGGAUGUGGGCCUAGUGGGCAGAGGUUUUGCAUCAACAGUGUGGCACUGAAGGUCAAACCAAGGAAAUACUGGCUGUCUCCAGGGGCCCCCUCCCCUCGCCACUGCUUCAUUUACACCCUCAGUUGUCACCGCUCAUAUGAAUGACGUGUUCUAUUGGCUACCAAGCUAGGCCAAAUGUGCUGCUGGCACCAGGCAAGUCACAACCUCUGGGAUGUAUUUACCUGGACUCAGCCCAACCCUGACUCCAGCUUGGACUGGAAUUUCACGCGGUGACAGAAGGGCAGCCAUUUCCAUCGAAUUGACUUCUGUAGGCUUUGCCUGGGACCAGAGGGUGUGACUCUUGGGGGACAUUAAGAAGCUGAUGGACCACGAACCAAAAAACUCCUACAAAACUACCCUGACCUUACCACUGCAGUGAAGCACUUCGUGGACCUAUACAGGUGAGGGGUCAAGGGAAAAGAGGAAGGGGAUGCGGGAUUAGAGUAAUCAACAAUCCCAGCGCCGAAAGAAAUGCCAAGGACCGGGGUUGUGGGACAGCAGAGUUUGGGAGGCACACGCAGUGAUCGAUGGGAUGCAUGGUUCUUUUUCAUAGCUUUAGAAUGUCUUGACCAUUCUGGUUUCAUGCUUUCUACCCACAAAUAAGUGCCAGUGGGAGCUUGUUAGGUUUCAGUGAUUAAUGAGUAAAAGUGGCUGCAAAGUUAAGCUUUAACAUGUUCAAAUAAAAUACUUACUAAAAUCGGUGUUUACUUUGUGUCUAAGCCUAUGAAUUUGCUCUUUUGUGAAAACUCUAAAUCAGAUACCAAAAGAAAAAAGAAAUAGAUUACGUUGGAGUAGGCAUCUGGUUAUACAACCUUAAUAGAACUCAACUAUUUUACAAAUUGAGAGUCUUGAAUACUUUGCUAUUGAAAGCGUUUAAAUUAUUUGAGAUUUUAUAGGCAGAAAGAAAAACCUAAUGAUUCCAUUUUUCUCUUUAUUAGUUUGUAGUGCAUCAUGUAGCUUUUCUUUUAGUGGUUACCAUGGAAAUCACAACAUGCAUCCCUAACUUGUCACAGCCAUAUAACAAUUAUUUUUGCUACUUUUCCAAGAAUGCUCUCCUUAGAUCGCUUUAACCUCAUUAACACCCUUCCAUAUUUUGUGUUACUGUUGCUAUGAAUUUAAUUUUACACACAUUUUAAGCCCCACAAGUCAUUAAUUUAUAUGCCAAUAUUUAUUUAUAUUUACCUACAUAUUUCCUCCUUAUUUCUUCCUGAAAUAUCACAUUUCCCUGUGGGAUUGUUUUCUUCUGCCUGAAGAACUCUUUAAAAAAAAAUUUUUUUUUAAUGUUUAUUUAUUUCUGAGACAGAGCAUGAGCAGGGGAGGGGCAGAGACGGGGAGACACAGAAUCUGAAGCAGGCUCCAGGCUCCGAGCUGUCAGCACAGAGCCUGACGCGGGGCUCGAACUCACAAACUAUGAAAUCGUGACCUGAGCCGAAGUCGGACGCUCAACUGACUGAGCCUC